UUACCAUCAAUCAGCAUCAAAUUACCCCAAUUUUUAACUGGACAAACCGAGACUGAUUCUAGAUUGGAGGAAUUGAAGAAACAACUCGAAUCCGAAGAAAGCCCAUUCAUGAUUGAUAACGGAAUGAUUUUAAGAGCUGCCCCAAAACAACAUCCUUCUUAUAGAAAGAGAAGACAAAAAUUAUACGCUCCAGGAGAUAAACAAAUCCAACCUUUAAACAAUAUAGUUAGAUGUCCAGCCUGUGGCCACGUUAAAAGAUCCCAUUUCAUGUGUAUGCACUGUUUUGCUGAAAUUAGAACUUUCUUAAAGGAAAAGAAGAAGCAAUUACAAGAAUACAUCGAACCUCCUCAAUCGAAUUUAGAUCCUGUUGAUCAUAGAAUCUUAUAUCUUUCUCUGGAGCCAGGUAAAUCAAAGAAGAAGCCUGCCAGUCUGUCAAUCCCCAUGAGAGAAGAACCUCUUCCAUUCGAUUCUCAACAUGUCAAGCAUCCUAAAAAG